CACAGACGGUCGAUUCUUUUUUUUUACUCAAGAGAGAUUGGUUCGUCGCUGAUAUCACGCGUAAAGGGCAAGAGGCCCUUUCUUGGUGUCCUAGAAGCCCUUUCUCGUCGUUUAAAACCGGUCAAGACAACAGGUAAAACCAUCUGCGGCAUUAUCACAGAUGCAUGUGUUAUGAAGUACAUUUCCGGUGAUUUGAUAGCACAGUCUUCUUUUUAGAGAUUGACACGCGAUCUCGUGAUAUCGCGGCUGUAAUAAGGAGCAAGCUCAGGUGUCAUGACUACGCUCUCCACGGGCAAUGGAGAUGAUCAAGCAUCUAAUGUCCCCGAGAAACAUGAACUUGAAGUGCCUACAUGCCGCCCUGAUAGCUGGUGUUCAUGGUUGGUGUGUGUCUCCUCUGCAAUGUCGGUUAUCAUUGUCGUGGGAAUCACAUACUGCUUUGGCUUACUUCUACCUCCUUUGAUGGAACACUUCGACGAGACACGGCAAGCAACAGCGUGGGUUGGCUCCUUGUACAUUGCAAGUGGUUGUCUGUUCAGCCCCAUCUCCUCUCAUAUAAGUGAGCGUUUCAGCUACAGGCUCACCGCUAUUUUGGGUUCAUUGGCAGGAAUCAUUGGCUUUUUCCUUGCCUCCCUGUCGUCACAACUCUGGAUGAUGUACCUAACAGUUGGCGUUCUUUCAGGCUUCGGCCAUGUAAUGAUUUUCAAUUCUUGUUCUUUGAUCGUUCUGCAGUAUUUUGUCAAAUGGCGCUCGGUGGCUAUCGGCAUGGUAGCAUCGGCACCAGCUAUCGGCAUGUUUGUCAUGACUCAGAUCACACAGUCACUACUAACUACAUUUGGAUGGCGGGGACCACUUAGGGGAUUUGCUCUUUUGCACAUUGUAUGCGGUUUUUGUUCAGCCACAUUUGUCCCUCUGGACAACAUGAAGGAGAAACGCAACGACACCAACACAAAUGGGAAAGAAAGAUAUCAAGAAACAUCAAGAAAGAAUGCAUCCCUUUGGAGGAAUCACUCCUUCUUGAUCAUGUUGUCUUCAUUUACUGUUGUCAUAUUCGCUUACUGGGUUCCUGCCGUGCAUAUUGUCAAGCAUUGUGAGCAAGAACUUAAAAUUCCCGGAAACAAAGCCUCUAAGCUUUUCACGUACAUGGCCAUAACAUCUUUCAUCAGUCGCAACGUAUUCUGCAAACUAGGAGACUUACGAUACUUCAAAAGAUUCCAUCUUUAUCAAGGAGGCGUAACAAUAUAUGGAUUGUGUGUCCUAUGUCUGCCAUUAGCCAGAUCGUUCACCUCUGUUCUAGCCAUUUUCAUCGUGUUGGGACUAACGGAAGGCGCUAUGCUGGGGCAGUUGUCCCUUCUUGUUUUGGAGUGUUGUGGAAAACACAAAGUCAAUCAAGCGUGGGGUUACAUAAUCUUUUUCACUGGUGUGAGUUUUGGUAUCGGGUCUCCAAUGGCUGGUUUGAUGGCUGACAAGCUUGGUUCGUACAACGUCACGUUUUACACUGCGGGCGCAAUACUGAUAGCGGGAGCUUCCAUUAUAUCGCUUAAAGCGUUUGUAAAACAACAAACUGAAGAUGCUGAAGAAACGGAGUCCUACGAUGAAGAACUUUUAGUCACUGAAAAACUUACAGUGGUUUAAAUGUGUUUAGUCCAUGCAGGGUAGCCUUAAUAUUGCCAGCAAAUUCUUCGCCUGUUGUUUCUUCUUACCUUUUCCAGCUUUCUCUAGUGACUUCUAGGGUGUUCUUUGUACGAUAUUAGCUCUUGGACGUCCACUUCGCCACACAAAGAUUUUUGAUGGAUCGAACACUUCCCCACUUUUUGUUGUAAUUGGAUAAAUCAAAAUUGUUUUGCGUUUCAUCUCUUGGCCUGCUCUACAAGAUAAGAUAUUCUCUGUUCCUGGUGACGUCAUAUGACGUCACAUGACAUAAUUAAGUCCGACAUUUUUGAUAUGGUUAUGGAUUGAUAUAGACAUCUUGGAUUUCUCUAUUCUUAGAAAGCCAGAAAAUGACGUAAAUUGAUGGAAAUUAAAACACAAAGGCAGUAAAAUAAAUGGAGGUACUAAUUCUGCAAUACUCGGCAAGAAACGUAAAACGUACCAACGUAGUCAAUAUGUUAAGAUUGAUUGACAGGCUGCGUGUUGAUUUUAAGACAAACGACAUGCUAAUUUUGUCUACCAGGAAUAUAUAUAUAGUUAAUAUAAAUAAUAUUGAACGUAAACCUUUCGUUAAAUGUUUAGGUGUUUACACAGACGAAUUUCUUAACUGGGAACUUUAGAUCCAGCCCGUGAAUAGCCAAUUAGCAAAGAAUAUAGAAAUAAUUUAUAAAUUACGGAAUUAUGUUGAGCAACAUUUCCUCAAACCAUAAUAUUAUACUCUAAUUUACCCCCACUUGAAAUCUCGAGUUCAUAAUCUAAUUGUUAAAUAUGCCUAAUCAUAUAUUUAUAUGUAUACUAUUAACGUUAAAAAUUCAGCUAUGUACGCAGUAGAAAUCUGAAUAAGAUUGCACCCUUUGGUCAUAAAAUUCAAAAUAAAUGAUAUCGAUAGAACGAGUAUUCCAGCUGUUUUCUUUGGCGGUCUUACAUCAGUGUCAGACAUCCAUCACCGCAACAUCCGGUAUGCAUCAAAUCGAAACCUUUACAGGCCAAAAACAUCAGCUAGACAUGGACAUUUGGCAUUCCAAUUUUGUGCAUCAAUAAAUUUGCGGGGAAUCACACGAUAUAAUUCCUUUAAGAGGUAGUAUAAGCAGCGCUUCUUAAAUACUUAAAAAAUACAUUUAAUAAUAGUCUCUUGUAGGAAUGCAAUGUUUAUAUAUUUUUCUUUAAUGUAUUUCAGUAAUGUAUUGUUCUGUAUGGCUUAACAUGGUGGCGACCAGCUCGAAAGCCAAUGACUACUCUGGUUACCAGGCACAUAUCGUUUUAUCUUUUCCAUGACCAUAUAUAAAAAGCUCGAUUGGCUAUAACGGAAUUCGUCAUUUACAACAAUAACAACUUUCAAAACAAAACAGGUAGAUAACAGUUUAACGAAAGACUAUCGCUGGUAGGAGUUAAACUUUAACGCUUAUCGCCGUUAUGAUCUUACAACAAAAUAGCAGGUUUUUGUUACGGUUAAUAAACUGGAACAGUAACCUGUAACUUAGAAAUGCUAAACGAACGAAAACAAAUAUAUCUACGUUGGAUUUCUAUAUUUCUGAUAGCGAAAGCGAAUAUGCAAAACAUACUAAAUUAUUUGAUUUUCUCUCCUCACACAUAGCAGUAACCUGGUUUUUAUACCUUAUAUCAUACAUCAUAAAAAUGUAUUAUGUUUCCCAUUGACGGAUCGUCAGGGUUUUGUCUACAAUGACAAUUUUAAACGUGGAAGACUUUAUACUAUAGGUAUUCGAGUCAAUUGGCACGCCAUGACGGGAGCUAACCAUGUAGACUCGCCGCCCAGAAGAGAA